UCACGCUCGCGUACGCGUUCGUCCUUCGUAGAAAACCCGAGGAGCACGCGCACCGAGGGUUGUUUAUGGACGACAGACGGACGGUGUUUUUGUCACGAACGGGAAUAAAAGUACGCGUUUAUUUACGCAAGACAAACGAUAAUAAAAAGAAAAACGAAAGAGAAUAGAAUAGCGAAAAUUAUCGGCGAGUAAUCUCAAAAGAGUAGUGAGUUUCGCGCGCGAUACGUACACGCACGCGCACAUACAAUCUCGCGGCUCGUCGGUGGAUCAACUUCGCCAUCUGCCGGCGUCCCAAUCGGAUACAGUGUGUGCCCGGAGAGUCUUCGUUUAGUCAAUGUCAGGGUGCUUUCCGUUCUCUCCGUUGUGUGGCGCUGACGCAAAUAUUUUUUUUGAGAUAUUACGAGAGGAGCCGAGAAGAGGGAAUACCGUCUUCUCAGCUAACGAAAGGAUAAGGAUACGAGCGUACGAAGAAUAAGAAGAGGAAGAAGUAGAAGAAGUUACUUUCACGCGAUAGAGGAAAAUAACGAGUGUAAAGAGGAGGGCACGUUUCUCGCCGGUGAAUCCGGUGGUACUUGGUUCUCGAAGAGUCGACUUUCGUGACUCGUCUUCUCUCCUCUCCUCUUUUUUCUCUCUCUCUCUCUCUCUCUCUCUCUUUCUCUCUUUCUCUCUUUCUCUCUCUCUUUCUCUUACUCGCUCGCUCACUCUUUCGCCUCCCACGAAAAGUCAUUCCUCCCUCUUGGAAGUCCCGCCAGGAGCGAGAAAGCAGGAGCUUUUCUCUCUCCCUCUUGCCAACGCUCCACCUCCAGCUUGGUCUUGCUAGUCCUGCCCUACCAGCGACAACGCACCCUUCUCUUCGUUCCUGGGCCUUCUCUGGCUCUCCCCACCAUCGCCACCACUACUCGCCCUCCUCUCUCUCUCUCUCUCUCUCUUUCUCUCUCUUGCUCUUCCUGCCGCAAGGAGGGCAUACUCGGCGGCUCGUGUCAGUAGUGUGUGCGAGGCAGUGCGGCAAAGCAGUACGACGAGUCAGUGCACGGCGACUCGUCGUUGUGUUGCGACGGUUGGCGCGGAGGAGAGUGUCGAAGAACGUGUGACCCUUUUUUCUCUCUCUCUCUCUUCCCCCGGUGCUGCUAAUCGCGUAUAUCUCUGCAACAAAGUAUGCUCGUUGCGAAUCGUCGUCCUCUUUGUGCUGUUUCUUUUUCUUCUUCUUUUUCUUCUUCUUCUUCUUCUUCUUAUUAUUAUUAUUAUCCAUCAAUCUUUCGUGGCCGACGUAGUGCCCUGUGCUACUACUGCUACUGCGUUACGAGCUCCGAACAAUCGCGUUGAGGACCUCUUUCUUCUCUCGCUAUCUUUCUCAGCGUGGGAACGACGCAACAGCGAGGAGGAGACAUCGAAGAGACCCCCUUCUUUCCUGCUUUGACCCUCCCCCCUCUUGUCGAGGCGUCGUCCUUCCUUUAUCUCCGUCUAUAUCUAUAUAUCUAUACAUAUUACAUAUGUGUGUUUUGGAUCGCGUCUCUCAUUCUUUCUCUCUCUCUCUCUCCCUCUGUCUCUACAGUAAGCUAGAGGAAUAAAUGGAAUAUAAAGUGUUAUAUAUCGUCGGGGGAGUGUGAAGUGAUCGAGUGUUCGAAAUAAGAAAGAAAAAAUAAAAAGAAAAAAAAAAGGAAAAGGAAAAAAAAGGGGAGUAAUAAGGCGAUUCCCUAGAAAGCAUAUUAAAAAUUCUACGAUACUUUGGUUUUCGGAAAUUAAUAAGAAGAGUAAGUGAAAAGUGCCGCGAACGGCAAGUCGCCGCCAGCCUUCGCGAGUUCGCGAAUACCGGGCGGUGUAUACGUAUAUAUAAGAGGAGGAGGAGGAGGAGGAGGAACAACAGCAGCAGCAGCAGCAGCAGCAGCAGCAGCAGCAACAGCAGCAACAGCAGCAGCAGCAGCAGAAACGUUAGAGCAAGGAACGUUAUCGGUGGCUAUGCAGCCUCGCGAAGCUAUUACCGGAAGAAGAUAACGCCGACAGUAAGUCGGACAAAAGACGAAUCACCACGGUGGUCCACGCGCACGAGAGACGCGUAAACAUUCGGUGGCUUCGAUUAGCCAAAACAUGUGGACCACGAUGUUAGUGUGGACGGUCGCCGUCGUUCUUCUACCGUCACCCCGUGCGGUUAACGCUUCGGGGGUGUUCGAGCUAAGGUUAAAGUCGUUCGUCAACGAAUACGGAAAGGAUAGUCUGGGUAAGUGCUGUUCAGGCACUACCUCAAGGACAGGCGAAUGUUCAGGUGUUUGCAAGACCAGGUUUAGGGUAUGUCUGAAGCAAUACCAAGUGAAGAUCGACACAACAACACCGUGCACUUAUGGAGAUGUUGUUACACCUGUACUCGGCGAGAAUAUUGUUAAUCUUAGUCCAAAUGUCGCCUUGCCCAGUUUCACUAAUCCCAUCAGAUUUCCGUUCGAGUUCACGUGGCCGGGCACGUUUUCCUUGAUCGUCGAGGCCUAUCACGAUUCAAACAAUACAACUCAUCAUUCACCCGAAAAGGUACUGAUCACCAGGCUGACUACACAAAAGUGGCUGGACGUGGGCCCAGAAUGGAUAGAGGAAGAACAUAGGAGUGCCCAUUCACGAAUGGUUUACGAGUAUAGAGUGACGUGUGCAGCGCAUUAUUAUGGAAAAGGAUGUGAAAAUCUUUGCAGACCUAGAGACGAUAACUUCGGUCAUUAUAGUUGCAGCCCUACCGGUGAACGUGUCUGUCUUUCGGGAUGGAAGGGCGACUACUGUGCUACUCCCCGCUGCCUGCCCGGAUGCGACGAGCAGCACGGACACUGCAGUCGACCCAACGAAUGCAUCUGUCACAGCGGUUGGAAAGGAGCCUUUUGUGAUCAGUGCGUGAGAUAUCCCGGGUGCCUUCAUGGUAGUUGCCAAAAGCCUUGGGAAUGUCUAUGCGACGAAGGCUGGGGCGGACUGUUCUGCAACCAGGAUCUAAACUACUGCACGAAUCACAAACCCUGCAUGAACGGUGGCACCUGCUUUAACACCGGCCAAGGAUCGUACACCUGCUCCUGCGCGCCGGGCUUCACUGGUACGGACUGCCAGACACAACUUUUGGACUGUCACUCGAAGCCAUGCUUGAAUGGAGGCUCCUGUUCGAUGGAAGCAACGUACGCAAACUCGAGCGUAUCCACCAGUGGCGGCAGCAACACAAACGGCAAUCAUCAUCAUCGUUCGGGUUCUUCCUCUUCGCUCGAUAGCUCCUCGUCAUCGAGCAAGUUACAACGAGCAGCUUAUAGAUGCACUUGCCCACCAGGCUGGAGAGGUCGCCACUGCGAGAUGACAUCAAGAUCAUGUCGAGACUCGCCCUGCUUGCACGGUGGUAUCUGCGAAGACGAUUCAUUGAACGGCUACGUUUGUCAUUGUCCAGCAGGAUAUACGGGUACCGAUUGCGAAUCCCAACUAGAUGAAUGCUCACCGAAUCCUUGCACAAAUGGUGGCACCUGCACCGACAUGGUGAACAGUUAUCGUUGCUCCUGCCCUCCUGGCUUCGCUGGAGAUCGCUGCGAGAUCAAUGUCGACGAUUGCCAAGGUGAUCCCUGUCUUAACGGUGGCACUUGCGUUGACUUGGUGAACCGCUUUAGAUGCCAAUGCGUGCCUGGAUUCGUUGGUAGACUCUGCCAAGAUAAGGUCGAUUAUUGCCUGGCGAAACCAUGCGCGAACGGUGGUAGAUGCAUCUCCGGAACGAAUGAUUAUCGUUGCGAGUGCAAGCCUGGAUUCACGGGAAAAGAUUGCAGCGUUGACGUCGAUGAGUGCCGUAGCGCACCCUGCAAGAAUGGUGGCACCUGUAGGAAUCGAGUGAAUGGUUUUCUAUGCGAGUGUCCGGAAGGAUGGUACGGGGAAAGUUGUGCGGAGGAGGUGGGUCUCGGUGGUACAGCAGUUUUACCGGUGGCAUCGGCCGCGAGUUCGUCCAGCGAAAGUGGUACUGCUAUUUUACCCGCAGCUGCAGCUGCCGCUGCGGUACCACCUUCGGGUGCCAGCUAUUGGUCAGGAAACUUAUCGAAACACGUCACCUCAGCAGCUGAAGCUAGAGAUGCCGGUUUGACAACGGAACACGUAGUAGUGAUAGCAACUCUUUCAACGGCCGUGCCAGCUUUUGUCUUGGUUGCAGCGCUUGCAGUAAUGUGCAUGAAGAGGCGGCAAAAGCGUGAACAGGCAAAGGCGGACGAGGAGGCGAGAUUGCAGAAUGAAAGGAACGCGGUACAUAGCAGCAUGAGCAAACGCAGCGGAGGUGUUCUCGGAGGCGGUAGCAACAGCGUCAUCGGUUCAGCUGGCGGUGGUUCAGCUGUUGGAAUCGGUAACGUCGGACUUCUGAGUGGCAUCACUGGUGGUUGCGUUGGUAGCGGAGUUACCGGUGGUGGAGUCGUCUCGGGCGGAGGUACGGUUUCUGGGGCUGGAUUGAUCGGCUCGGCCGGUGGAAGUGUCUGUACUCUUGGCACCGGAGACGCCCACAUGAUUAAGAACACAUGGACGGCGAACAAGAGUGUGAACAACGCGAGUACCGUCCGACAAGAUGACCUGGACUCCUCGUUCCAGACUGAUGUUACCCUGGAUAGUUCCUGCUCGGGCUACAAAGCAGAACCGGUGCUCCAGGAUGGUAGAACGAGAACAACGAAGCAGUUGAACACCGAGGCUGCAGCCCAUCGAGCGUCUCAUCUCUUCCAGAAGGAGAAGGACUGUUUGGGUUUGGGUCUAGGUCUUGGUGUCGCUGUACUCGAAACCGCCAAGAGGUCCUCGGUCUUUGCGAAUACUCCGAGUGACGCUUGCUGCGCGGCGGAAGCGACCCUUUUGAAAAGGCCGACGACGGUAACGGAAAGUUCCGGUCCACCCGGAAGUGGUGGGGGUGGCGGCGGUGGUGGUGUCGUCGACAGUGCCUGCGGUGUUUACGUUAUAGACGAUCAUUACAGGCAUGAUGCGACCACGCUAGCGACGACACUCGCGACGGAAGUGUAGCCUUGAGUAAUACUGUGACACAUAAAGGAACGCGUGCUUGGGACACGAAUCAAUUAGACCACGCGCGAAUCACGAACUUAUAUUUUCUUUUCUUCUUCCCUCAUUUUUCUCUCGUUUUACCCGGCGCAUUAAAGAUCGUGUCGAUUCUCAUUUUUCUUUAAACGUGAAUCGAUGCGUUCGUUGAAACAACUCUUCGAAAGACUUACAGAUUCUUCGUUCGUGUUUCCUCGACCACGUCUUAUUUAUGACGACGAGGGAAACAACGAUGACGAUGACACUGACGAAGACGACGACCACGACAACGACGGUGAGAUAAUCAUUAAGAUCUCUCGUCGAGUCGAGCGACGGACUAACUAAAUAGAAGCUCGUGAAUCGAGUUAAUAAAGUAACGAUAUGCUGUGGGGGCGGUUGGCGUAUUAGCCACUUACCCGUCUUUAGAUGUUAAUAAUAUUGUCAUGCUCGAAACAAAACUUUGUACAGAACUAAUUUAUUAUUAUUGUUAUUUACUAUUAUUAUGA